AUGACGGGCUUGACAGACGCGGCGGCGCAGCUCGACGCCGUUGUGGACGCUAUGCGGGCAGCCGUGUCGGUGCUGGAGACGCAGGGGGACGACCACACGGGAGACGUCUUGAAGAGCGCGGCGACGUUCCAGUGCGCGCUGCACACGCUUGCCCGCACGGCAGCAGCAAGCAGCGUCGAGGAGGAGCAGGAGCUGCGGAGGGGCGCGUGA